CCCCUGCCCCUGGGUCGCUCUUUUUUAAGCUCCCCUGAGCCGGGGCUGCGCUCCUCUAAUUGGGACUCCGAGCCGGGGCUAUUUCUGGCGCUGGCGCGGCUCCAAGAAGGCAUCCGCAUUUGCUAGCGGCGGCGGCGGCGGCGGCGGAGCCAGGCCGGUCCUCAGCGCCCAGCACCGUCGCUCCCGGCAGCCCGGAGCGCGCACCGCAGGCCGGCAGCCGAGCUCGCGCAUCCCAGCCUUGCUCUUCAUCUGCUCCAUAGUGAAGGAAGAUGAGUGAGUCAAGCUCAAAGUCCAGCCAGCCCUUGGCCUCCAAGCAGGAAAAGGAUGGUACUGAGAAGCGAGGCCGGGGCAGGCCGCGCAAGCAGCCUCCGGUGAGUCCCGGGACAGCGCUGGUAGGGAGUCAGAAGGAACCCAGCGAAGUGCCAACACCCAAGAGACCUCGGGGCCGACCAAAGGGGAGCAAAAACAAGGGCGCUGCCAAGACCCGGAAAACCACCACAGCUCCAGGGAGGAAACCCAGGGGCAGACCUAAGAAACUGGAGAAGGAGGAAGAGGAGGGCAUCUCGCAGGAGUCCUCUGAAGAGGAGCAGUGACCGCCCGUGCCGCCUGCUCCCUCCCCAAGGAGCAGCUUUCUUCUGGGACUGGACAGCUUCACUCCGCUCCCACCGCCCUCCCCUUCCCCCAGGCCCACUGACACCUCUGGCCCGCCACCCCCCCCUGCGCCCUCCCCACUGCACACUACACAGCACACCAGCCGCUGCAGGGCCCCUGUGGUCCCAUGGGAAGCAGUUUUCCUCUAGCCUCAGUCCCCAGCGACCCUUCCUGCCCCUGCCCCAUGCACACACACUUGCCCUCCUGGACAAGGCUAACGUCCCACUUAGCCGCACCCUGCGCCUGCUAGUCCUUACCCACUUGGUGGGGACAUUGCUAUCUGGGCUCUUGGUUUGAGGGCCCCUUCUCUGCUCCACUGUUCCUUCUGACUUCCCAUAGAGGGGCCUGGGAGGGCUCCCCUGGCCUUAAGGGGUCCAAACCCCAUCUCAUUCUGACAUGCCCCCCUGUUGGACCUGCACUAGCAGGUGUAGCCAAUGGGGAAGGGGUGCUGAGCCCCCAGCCAAACUUGUCAGGUGGAACUCCCCACUCUCUUCCCCACCUGAGCCCUGCACUAGGUUGGACAGCCCCUUUGGGGUAUGGGAAAGGGGGCAGGAGUUGGAGCCCCUGUCCCCUAUCACAGGCCCUACCACCUUGUUCUCACCCUGGGAUCUGAGUAUAUAGUGCAGGGGUAGAGAAGAGUCAUCUACUGCCCAGGUUCCCUGUGGCAGCCACCCAAGGCAGGCCAGGGGCUACUUGCCCAUCCUUUGCUUCCACUCUCAGCUGUUGACCUUCCUAUGAGGGGGCGCUAUCAACAAGGAGCCUGCCCUGCCCAAGCUGCCUCCCCCUCCUUCCCAACCCCCAUGGUUCUGGUUCCAUCUUUUCCUCUGUUCACAAACUACCUCUGGACAGUUGUGUUGGUUUUUGUUCAAUGUUUCAUUCUUAGACAUCAGUCACCUGCUGCUACCAGCGCCAGACGCUCAUCCCCAUGCCCUCCCCCCUGUUCCGACCAUAUUCCCCUCCCCAAGGUGUUCCUCAGGGGGAAGGGGCACUGGGGUGCAGCAGGCUGGGUUACCUACUACCCCAGUCCCAGGGAAGGUGGGGUCCUGCCCCUAGGAUGCUGCAGCAGAGUGAGGAGGGGGGUCUGUUGACCGUGAAGGGUGUAGGGGCCACCUUCUCCCCUUGUUCUGUUGGGGAGAGGUUGGCCAUUAUUUGUCCCAGCCUGGGGCUCCCCUCUGGUUUCCUAUUUGCAGUUACUUGAAUAAAAAAAUAUCCUUUUCUGGA